AUGUCGAAUAGAGAGGAGCUUGUGGAUCUUGGUGGAGAGCCCGGAGAAGAAGGGGAGGCACUGGGCGCAGGCUGUGGCGUUAGGUGUGAGGAGGAGGCGUUGGGCGCCCAAGAUGUGGCGACCCCAAUUUUAGCUAGCAAGCCAACGAAAGAGGGAGGCGCACCACCGUGUUUGAGCUAUUAUUUUCUUCACAUGCAAAAUGUUCGGUUUUCUGUGAUCGGGAAUAAAUUGCCACUCCCUAGGUCUAUAGAGCAAAUAUUAUCUGAAGCAGAGGUGGCCUUGAAGGCAAAUUCAGGACUCCGUCUUAUGGUAGCGCUUGGUUACGGUGGAAGAUAUGAAAUAUUGCAAGCUUGCAAAAGCGUGUCUAGCAAAGUAAAAGAUGGUCUUAUUCAACUGCAAGAUAUUGAGGAGAGCCUAAUUGAGCAAGAGCUGCAAAGAAAGUGGACCAAAUUCCCCAGUCCUGAUCUAUUUAUACGAACAGGUGGCGAAUGUAGAGUCAGCAACUUCAUGCUAUGA